AAACAAAACCCAAUUCGACCCAGAAAUCUUUCUCCAACUCAAUCAAAAAAUGAGAGAACGUACUUGGCCAUAUCGAUCAGAAACUUCUCAUUUCUCAACCCUUCCAUCUAAUUCAACUCAAAAAAUCGAAUCGAGUCCAUCCAAAAUCCCCCAAUUCCGGCCAUCUUUCUGGCCGUGUUCUCGAAAAUCCGACCACCGUGAUUUCUCGGCGCUACCUAACGACGUACUGACGAGAAUCGCAGCGAAUUUCAGCCUCCCGGAUUUACAAACGACGUCGUUGGUGUGCAAAUCGUGGAGGGACGGAUUACGGCCGUUGAGGGAGGCGAUGUUGUUUUUAUGGUGGGGGAAACGGUUGAAGCACGGCCGUGGAGGGGUGAAGCGUGACAUGGAGAAAGCUUUGGAUUCGUUCUUAAAAGGGGUGGCGCGUGGGUCGACGUUAGCUAUGGUGGAUGCUGGAUUGAUUUAUUGGGAGAUGGGGAAGAAGGAAGAAGGUGUGAAUUUGUAUCGAAGAGCUGCUGAGCUUGGUGAUCCAGCUGGUCAGUGCAAUUUGGGGAUUUCGUAUCUACAAGCUGAACUGCCUAACUUGGAGGAAGCUGUUAAAUGGUUUCGUCGAGCUUCUAGUGCUGGCUAUGUUCGUGCUCAAUAUCAACUUGCUCUUUGUUUGCAUCGGGGUAGUGGGACGGACCAGAAUCUAUCAGAAGCGGCGAAAUGGUAUCUACGAGCUGCAAAGGGUGGGUAUGCACGUGCCAUGUAUAAUUCAUCGUUGUGUUACUCUUUAGGCGUGGGUUUGUUGCAAAGCCAUCAUCAAGCUCGGAAAUGGAUGAAGCGAGCGGCUGAUCAUGGUCAUAGUAAAGCUCUAUUUGAGCAUGGACUUGCUCUUUUUUCGGAAGGGGAGAUGAUGAAGGCUGCGGUUUACCUAGAGCUAGCAACGCGUGCGGGUGAGUCGGCUGCAGCUCACGUCAAGAACGUUGUCUUCCAACAACUUUCACCAUCUUCUCGACAACGAGCCCUUGAUCUUACGGACAAUUGGCGUGCCUUGCCAUCUUCGCGUUGAGCUCGGUUUUAAUCUUCCAUUUUGGUUAUAUGUAUUUGGAACUUAUACUCCCUUGUAAAGCAUUUUGGUUAUAUGUAUUUGGAAUUUCAUAGUC